AUGAUUCUUGCUCGGCGAUCGGUCGCUCCGGCGCGGCUUCUGCUGCGAAACCAGCAACGGCGGUUUGACUCACAUGCAGCUCACCACGCUGCACCUGUGAACGAGAGUUUUGGUCGCAGUUUUUAUGUCGCCGUCGGCACCUUCGCUGGGUGCUUUGCCCUCUACCAAUUCUCAAAGCCCACCAAGGGUUCCGACUCGAAAUCCUGGUUCACCGGCCUCAUUGAGAAGUGGACUCCUUCGGAGAAGAUCUUUGAGGAACGAAAUGCAAUUCACACCGCUGCUGCGGAGAAGGCCGCCCAGGACCGUCACCUCUUCCUGAGCCGGAGCGCUAGCGAUGUUUAUGAAUUGAAGAGCCCCGAGACGAGCUUUCAGCCCGGCCACCCCUACAAUGUCGUCGCUGGCAGCAAGGCCGACUUGAGCCACGUUAUCGCGCACUACGAGCAAAAGAACCAGAAGCUUGAAGAGGCUCGCGUUGCCCGUAUGCAGGAUGGCAAAGUUAUUUCCAUAUAUGACUAG